UCCCCUGCAGUUCUGCUCAGGACAGACAGACCGAAGGGCAGACAGACACUAUGGAGAACCUGCUGCAGAGGCGAGGCUACGAUCGCUUCCUCCGGCCCAACUUCGGCAGAGAACCCGUGCACGUGAACCUGAGUCUCACCGUGGCCAGUAUUGACCUCAUCUCGGAAGUGAACAUGGACUACACGAUCACCAUCUUCCUGCGGCAGUACUGGCAGGACGGCCGGAUGUCGUUCGAGGGGACGAACCUGACGACGCUGAGUCUGGACGGGCGGCUGGCGGAGAACCUGUGGCUGCCCGACACCUUCAUCUCCAACAGCAAGGAGUCGUUCCUGCACAAGGUCACGGUGGACAACAGGCUCAUCCAGCUCUACCCCAACGGCACCAUACUCUACGGCAUCAGAAUAACCACCAAGGCGGAGUGUUACAUGGACCUGAAGAAGUAUCCAAUGGACUCGCAGAACUGUUCGCUGGAAUUUGAAAGUUACGGUUACAGGACAGACGACAUCAUUUUCCACUGGAAGGCGGGAAACAGCUCCGUGCACGGGCUGGACACGCUGAAGCUGCAGCAGUUCAUAGUCGGGGGUUAUUACGCACAUGACGGGCUGCUCAGGGACCACGAGUCAGGAGUGUAUUCCCGAAUCAAGCUGAGCUUUAUCCUGCACCGCCAGGCGUUCUACUUCAUCUUCCAGACGUACAUCCCGUCCAUCCUGCUGGUGGUGCUGUCAUGGGUCUCCUUCUGGAUCAACCCGGAGGCGGUUCCUGCCAGAGUGGCGCUCGGCAUCACCACCGUGCUGACGAUGACCACCCUGAUGAGCGGCGCGCAGGCGCAGAUGCCUAAGAUCUCGUACAUCAAGGCCAUCGACGUGUACCUGGUGAUGUGUUUCCUCUUCACGUUCUUCGCGCUGGUGGAGUACGCAGCCGUCAACUUCGUGUCCUCCAAGAUGGCGCUCAAGCGGAAGAAGCAGGAGAACAAAGACGUGGAGAAGCUCGAGUGCGACUGCGAGGAGUGUAACACCUCUCAACAAGGAAUCAGCCUGAAGAGACUGUCGUCUACCCGCUGCAGAUUGGACCGGGGCACCUCCUUCCAGAACAACCUCGUGUCGUCCACGUCAUUCUGCAGCGCCUCCACGUCCUUCGAUAGGAACUGCAGCGCCAAGACCUUCCAGGUGGACAUCGACGAGACCUCCCCACUCAACGGGCCCAGAGGAGAAUCCAACGCCACGUCUCCUAGCAACGAGACGAAGCCCAGCAACUCUCGCGAGAUUCUGGAGGCAAGCGACGACUACGUCACCUCGAGCGAGGAGAACCGACCAACCAGAAUCCAGAGGUGCCUGUCACGUGGUCUGAGCUACAGGAUGCCCAGGCUGAAAGAUGCCAUCAUCAUCGACCAGUACGCUCGGUUCGGCUUUCCUUUCACCUUUGCCGCGCUGAACAUUGUGUACUUCACAUACUACUCGUACUAA